AUGGAUGAUGGUGGACUUGAGGGAUGCAUCGAAGAAAUGAGAGAGUUGGCCAAGGAUAAAUCACCAUAUCUUGGUAUGGAGUUUCCAUCAGAAAAAGCUGCAUAUGAGUUUUAUAAUGAAUACGGAAGAAGGGUUUUAGUAUUAGAAGAGAUUAUUCGGGACUUGUCGAAGUUGAUUGUGUCGAAGUUUGAUAGCAACCACAACCACCCUUUACAUCUUCCUCAAUGUACUCAUUUGAUGCCAUCUCAGAGAAAGGUAUGUGAUGCUCAGGGUAUAAAUAUUGACAUAGCUGAUGAGAGUGGAAUAUCUCUUAAGGCUUCACAUAAUCUUAUUAGUGCUAUAGCAGGAGGAAAAGAAUUUGUAGGGUUCACGCGAGAGGAUCAGAAAACUUACUUUGUGCAAAAAGACAGCGAAACUUGCAGUAUGGUGAAGCGGGGAAUGAUAACAGAUUAUGGGCUUUUCGGUAAUGCGGUGUCAUUUGACACAACUUUUAGAACAAAUAAGGAGUACCGUCCACUUGCUUUAUUUUGUGGCUUUAACCACUUUAGAAUGACAGUGAUUUUUGGUGCAGCAUUAUUAUAUGAUGAAACUGCAGAGUCAUUUGAAUGGUUAUUUGAAACAUUUUUGGAUGCAAUGUCAGGAAAAAAACCUGUUAGUUUUUUCACAGAUCAAGAUCAAGCAAUGGCUAAGGCAAUUUCACAAAUCAUGCCUGAGGUUUUUCAUGGGUUGUGCACUUUUCACCUAAUGCAAAAUGCUUUGAAGCAUUUAGGUUACUUAUUCAAGAGUGGUUCAAAAUUUAGUAGCGAUUUAAAAGCUUGCAUUUAUGACUACGAGAAUGAGCAUGAAUUAAUUGAAGCUUGGAAUUCUUUGAUUGAUAAAUACAACUUGUAA